AUGGCCUCUCAAGCGAACCAGUCCGUCUACCGGGCUACCACUACUGCCCCGGUCAACAUUGCCGUCAUCAACGUUGUUUCCAGGUACUGGGGAAAGCGUGAUACCACUCUGAACCUGCCUACCAACUCAUCUCUCUCGGUCACUCUCUCCCAGAAAUCUCUCCGCACCCUGACCACCGCCUCUUGCUCCGCCAAGUACCCCUCUGAGGAUACCCUGACCCUGAACGGCAAGCCCCAGGAGAUCCAGUCCUCCAAGCGCACUCUCGCUUGUCUUUCCAACCUGCGUGCUCUGCGCAAGUCAAUUGAAGAUGCCGACGCCUCGCUGCCCAAGCUCUCUGCUCUUCCCCUCCGCAUCGUCUCCGAGAACAACUUCCCCACCGCCGCUGGUCUUGCCAGCUCCGCCGCUGGCUUCGCUGCCUCCCGCAUUGCGCGCCAGGGAUCUGGCUCUGCCUGUCGCUCCCUGAUGGGCGGUUAUGUCGCUUGGCGCACCGGUGAGCUCGCUGACGGCAGCGACAGUCUCGCUGAGGAGGUCGCCCCCGCUUCUCACUGGCCUGAGAUGCGCGCCCUGGUCUUGGUUGUGAGUGCCGAGAAGAAGGAUGUUCCUAGCACCGAGGGUAUGCAGACUACUGUACACACUUCAGACCUCUUUGCCACGCGCGCCGAGGCUGUUGUUCCCCAUCGCAUGGAUGCCAUCGAGGCUGCUAUCCGCGAUAAAGACUUCCCCAAGUUUGCUGAGAUUACUAUGCGUGACUCCAACACCUUCCACGCCACCUGCCUUGACUCUUGGCCCCCUAUUUUUUAUAUGAACGAUGUCUCCCGUGCCGCUGUUCGCCUGGUGCACGACAUCAACCGCGCUGUCGGCCGGACCGUCGCCGCUUACACCUUCGAUGCCGGCCCGAACGCCGUCAUCUAUUAUGAGGACAAGGACUCUGAGCUGGUCGCUGGUACCGUCAAGGCUAUCCUUGGGGCUAACACUAUUGGCUGGGAGGGCGCCUUCUACGAGAGAUUGGCCAAUGUCACCGCCCCUGGCGUUGCUCUUGAGAACAUUGACUCUCGUGUUCUGGAUGUUCUCAAGGAUGGUGUCAGCCGUGUCAUUUUGACCGGUGUUGGUGAGGGUCCCAUUACUGUGGAGGACCACCUUGUGACUGAGACUGGCGAGAUUGUUUCCCAGUAA